AUGAAGGAAUCACAAGUCAGUUAAAACAGCUGUCACCGCCCCAAGCGUAUGCCAUGAUGACAGUGUUAGUGGCAUCUAUUUUUGGUAAAAUAACAAGAUCAGUCUUAAGAUAUCAUCCCUGUAUGGCUCCAGAGAGAACCUAGUUGACAGACGGGCAGAUUGGUGGAGCUAUUUAAACUGUUUGUCAAUCUGUCUUUUUGACACUAAUUCACUCACAGCCUUACCACCACAGGAAUGAACGGUCAUGUUUGACACACCUCCCCUCGUCUAGCCAAUGCUUCACUGCAUUAAAUGUUUCCCUAAGACUGAGAAAGAGCACUCCCUCCUUCCUCUGCUUAUGUUAGACUCAUAUGAUGCAGAUGGAAUCCAUUUUAUACUCAAGCAAGGUAGGAGCCACACGAAUACUACCAUCUUAUUUCCCUGCGGCUCUAAAACAGGUUUUCUCUUUGAUCGUAAAAGUGUAUUUUCCACCCGAGGAAAAUGAUCAACGUAACAGCCAAUCCAUUUGGACGAUUUAUUUUGCUUCCUCCUCCUUCCAACGGUUACGUCCAACUGUUUCCACACUCAGCAGCGCACCUUUUUGUCGUUCCAUUGGUAGUAUAAUGAUACUUGACUCACUGUGAGUGAUUUGAGGGCUACCAUGAGACGCGUGUGGACAUGUUUAACUGUACUUGUGGGGAACAGAUAUCCUCACAAGAAUAGUAAACAAACCUAAAUCUGACCAACUGGGGACAUUUUUUGUUGUUGUUGUUCCACACAAGGUCAAAUGCUAUUUCUGGGGGGGGGUUUAGAGUUAAGGUAUAAUUUGUGUUAGAAUUAGGGUUAGGGUUAGUUUUAGGGUUAGGGUUAGGAGUUAGGAUUAAGGUUAGGGUAUGGGUUAGGGAAAAUAGGAUUUUGAAUGGUUAUAAAUUGUGUCCCUACAAGGUUAGUUAAACAAGACUGUGUGUGUCUGCCAGUACUGUUAGACUGUGUGGUUGUCAACCUGCUGGUAGGUGAGAGAGAGCUGCUGUUGUUGAAGUCAGGUAGCAGAUAAUUUAAUUUAAGAGGCUAAUUUAAUUAUCUAAAUUAGCCUUGUGACUUUAGCUAGCUAGCUGGCUUACUUAGCUGGCUACUGUAGCUAGCUAGCUUCUUUACAACGAUUUGAUGCAGUCACGACAGGCACCACCAGAUGUUGUGAUAGAUAACCAGCAACAAGUUUGUCUAACUAGCGUGAGUCGGUUUGGCUACUUUCUUUCUCUCUCUCUGUCUCUCUCUCUGUCUCUCUCUCUCUCUCUCUCUCUCUCUCUCUCUGUCUCUCUCUCCCUCUCCCUCUCUCUCUCUCUCUCUCUCUGUCUCUCUCUCCCUCUCCCUCUCCCUCCCUCCGUGCCACACACGUACGGUCACUCACACCAGUCCCCGCUCCUCUCUCGCCCCUCCCCCACUGAACAAGCAGAGUUAGAGUCUCGAGAGCAAGUAUUCAUUUUAGUUUUGAGGGGGAUUUUUUUUUCUCCCUCUAAAACACAUGUAUUUCGACUAUCCGGAUAUCCGGAAAAAAAAAAAUUAUUAUUCAAAUACUGAAAUCAUUUCAAAUGCCCAUCCCUAGUUAGCGUAGAGGUAGCAAGCUAGCUCUUUCACUUACAAAAUCUACACUGAAUUGCUUACCGAGAAGACAGUGAAUGUUUCCAGAGUGGCCGAGUUAGUUUUUACAUAAAUCUGCUUGAAAAUCUAUGGCAAGACUUGAAAAUGGUUGUCUAGCAAUGAUCAACAACCAAUUUGACCGAGCUUGAAGAAUUUUUAAAAGAAUAAUGGGCAAAUGUUGGAAUGUGGAAAGCUCUUAGAGACUUACUUAGAAAGACUCAUAGCCGUAAUCACUGCCAAAGGUGUUUCUAACAUGUACUAACUCAGGGGUUUGAAUACUUAUCGAAUCAAGAUAUAUUUGUGUUUUAUUUUUCAUAAUUCUUUUGCAAAUGUUAGACUUUUUCUUCCACUUUGACAUUGAAUAUUUUGUUUAGAUUGUUGACAAAAAAAAUGACAAUUAAAUCGAUUUUAAUCCCACUUUGUAACACGAAAUGUUUGGGAAAAGUCUAGAUGUGUGAAUACUCUCUGAAGGCACUGUAAAUUGUAUGUGUGUGGUACAGAGAAGGGGUAGUCAUUCAGCAAUCAUGUUAAACACUAUUAUUGCACACAGAGUGAGUCCAUGCAACUUACUAUGUGACUUGUUAAGCACAUUUUUACUCCUGAACUUAUUUAGGCUUGCCAUAACAAAGGGGUAGAAUACUUAUUGAAUCAAGACAUUUCAGCUUUUCAUUUGUAAUUAAUUCAGAAAAAAAAAUCUAAAAACAAAAUUCCACUUUCACAUUAUGGGAUAUUGUGUGUAGAUCAGUGACCCAAAAUCGCAAUUUAAUCCAUUUUAAAUUCAGGCUGUAACAAAAAAAAAAUGUCACACUCAGCCUGCUCUGGACCCCGCCGCUUGAAACGUCUGAUCUGCACAGUUCAAUUAGAUUUCACAUCAGGACGUCUCUGCCUGCCUGCUUACCCUGCCUGUCAAGUGCUCACUCUACCCUGCCUUCGCUCAGCCAGCACCUGCUCCCUACUCUAGUUGAGUAUCUGGAGCAUCAGCAAUUGUGGGUUCGAUUACAGGCUAAAAAUGGCCAGAAACAAAAAAACUUUCUUCUGAAACUCGUCAGUCUAUUCUUGUUCUGAGAAAUUAAGGCUAUUCCAUGCGAGAAAUUGACAAGAAACUGAAGAUCUCGUACAAUGGCGUGUACUACUCCAUUCACAGAACAGCGCAAACUGGCUCUAACCAGAAUAGAAAGAGGAGUGGGAGGCCCCGGUGCACAACUGAGCAAGAGGACAAAUACCUUAGUGUUUAGUUUGAGAAACAGGCGCCUCACAGGUCCUCAACUGGCAGCUUCAUUAAAUAGUACCUGCAAAACACCAGUCUCAACGUCAACAGUGAAGAGGCGACUCUGGGAUGCUGACCUAGGCAGAGUUGCAAAGAAAAAGCCAUAUCUGACUGCCCAUCUUAAUUUUUUCAUUUAUUGGCCAGUCUGAGAUAUGGCUUUUUCUCAUAUGGAAUAGCCUUCAUUUCUCAGAACAAGAAUAGACUGACGAGUUUCAGAAGAAAGUUAAUUUCUGGCCGUUUUGAGCCUGUAAUCGAACCCACAAUUGCUGAUACUCCAGAUACUCAACUAAUCUCAAGAAGGCCAGUUUUAUUGCUUCUUUAAUCAGCACAACAGUUUUCAGCUGUGCUAACAUAAUUGCAAAAUAGUUUUCUAAUGAUCAAUACCUUGACUUGUUGUCCUUAAGCCAUUUUGCCACAACUUUGGAAGUAUGCUUAGGGUCAUUGUCCAUUUGGAAGACCCAUUUGCGACCAAGCUUUAACUUCCUGACUAAUGUCUUGAGAUGUUGCUUCAAUAUAUCCACAUAAUUUUCCUUCCUCAUGAUGCCAUCUAUUUUCUGAAGUGCACCAGUCCCUCCUGCAGCUAAGCACCCCCACAGCAUGAUGCUGCCACCCCCAUGCUUCACGGUUGGGAUGGUGUUCUUCGGCUUGCAAGCGUUCCCCUUUUUCCUGCAAACAUAACGAUGGUCAUUAUGGCCAAACAGUUCUAUUUUUGUUUCAUCAGACCAGAGGACAUUUCUCCAAAAAGUACGAUCUUUGUCCCCAUUUGCAGUUGCAAACCGUAGUCUGGCUUUUUUAUGGCGGUUUUGGAGCAGUGGCUUCUUCCUUGCUGAGCGGCCUUUCAGGUUAUGUCGAUAUAGGACUCGUUUUACUGUGGAUAUAGAUAAUUUUGUACCUGUUUCCUCCAGUAUCUUCACAAGGUCCUUUGCUGCUGUUCUGUGAUUGAUUUGCACUUUUCGCACCGAAGUACGUUCAUCUCUAGGAGACAGAACGCGUCUCCUUCCUGAGCGGUAUGACGGCUGCUUGGUCCCAUGGUGUUUAUACUUACGUACUAUUGUUUGUACAGAUGAACGUGGUACCUUCAGGCGUUUGGAAAUUGCUCCCAAGGAUGAACCAGACUUGUGGAGGUCUACAAUUUUUUUUCUGAGGUCUUGGCUGAUUUCUUUUGAUUUUCCCAUGAUGUCAAGCAAAGAGGCACUGAGUUUGAAGGUAGGCCUUGAAAUACAUCCACAGGUACACCUCCAAUUCACUCAAAUGAUGUCAAUUAGCCUAUCAGAAGCUUCUAAAGCCAUUACAUUUUCUGGAAUUUUCCAAGCUGUUUAAAGGCACAGUCAACUUAGUGUAUGUAAACUUCUGACCCACUGAAAUUACUUGUGUUAUGCACAAAGUAGAUGUCCUAACCGACUUGCUAAAACUAUAGUUUGUUAACAAGAAAUUUGUGGAGUGGUUGAAAAAACGAGUUUUAAUGACUCCAACCUAAGUGUAUGUAAACUUCCGACUUCAACUGUACUUAGUAUGGACACAGGAUGCUUUACAUUUUUUAUCGUGUUAUUAGUUGAUGUUAGUUAUUAGUCCCAUCCUUCAGCUCCAUUCAACACCUCCCAUCUAUCUCUUAACACCAUCCAUAUUGGAUUUCUAUUUGCCAUAUAUUUUUCAACCGUAUUGCUAAAAGUAUUAUUAUAUUAUUGAUCGAUUGACUAUGACUUUUCAGAUCACCCAGUAGUGCUAUCUGCAGGGUUAGCUCCAGGUAAAUAUUGCAAUCCUUCAGCCAUUCCUGGACCUGUGUCCAAAAACAAGCUACAAAUGGACAGUACCAAAACAAAUGAUCUAAUGAUUCUGUCUCUUCGCAGCAAAAUCUGCAGAGCUGGGAAGAUUGUAUCCCCCAUAUAAAUAACAUUCUAUUGGUAGCAAUAAUUUAAAUUCAAAAAUCCUAAAUGUUAAAUCCACCGUUGUUUUGCGUAUCAGUUCAUAAACACUAUGCCAUGGAAUCGGUACGUCAAAAUCUCUUCCCAACUAUUUUGCAAUCUAGAUUGUUCUUUAAUGCAGGGCCGACAGACAAGUUCCUUACUUUUUCCCCUUCCACUUUCCUCUUCCAUUUUUGCGGUAAUGCUGCAAUUAUUUGGUUGUAAUUUUGGGUAGAGCAGACAUUUCCAUAUGUUUUAGUUAGCUGCAUGUGCGACAUAACUCCACCAGUCAUACCGAUGAUAUCAUUUACGAAGAUUAUACCUUUAUUUUAAAAAAAAUCAAAAUGUUUUUUUUUAAUCAAUUAAUAUAUUUGAGUUUUACCACAAUAUUUGUUGCAUUAUUUGUUCUGUCGUUUCUGGAGGAUUAAAUUGAAAUUCCAACCAACUUUCUAUGGCUUGUUUUAGAAAUAGUGAUAUUUGGGAGAUUAUUUCCUUUUCAAAUAACUGAAAGUGAGUGGUUGUAAUCUGAAUAAAGGGAAAAAGGCCAUUCUUGAACAUGGGGUGAGACAAUCUUACUAGUUUACUAGAGAACCAUUUCGGAUUUAAGUAUAACUUUUGUAUGACUGAAGCUUUUAGUGAUAGGUCUAAUGCUUUAAUAUUUAAUCAAUUCUGUCCUCCGAAUUCAUAUUCAUUAUAUAAAUAGGCCUGUUUAAUUUUGUCUGGCUUGCGUUCCAAAUAAAAUUGAAUAUUUUUUUCUCAUAUCAUUUUUUAAAAACUGUUCACUAGGCGUAGGCAAGACCAUAAGCAAAUAGGUAAACUGGGAUAAUAAUUGUGGUCCUCUGUAGCUCAGCUGGUAGAGCACGGCGCUUGUAACGCCAGGGUAGUGGGUUCGACCCCCGGGACCACCCAUACACAAAAAAAAAAAUUGCACGCAUGACUGUAAGUCGCUUUGUAUAAAAGCGUCUGCUAAAUAGCAUAUUAUUAUUUAUUAUUUACUAAAGAGUUAAUCAGGGUGAUUUUCCACAAAUAGACUGGUAUUUACCUUUCCAUGGUAGCAAGAUCUUAUCUAUUUUUGCUAACUUUCUAUAAAAAUGUAUUGAAGUGAGAUCAUUUAUUUCCUUUGGGAUAUGUAUUCCGAGUAUAUCCACAUCACCAUUAGACCAUUUUAGUGGUAAACUACAUGGUAAUGUAAAUUCUUUAUUUUUAGUGAUCCAUUACGUAAUUUAGUACAUUUAUCGUAAUUUGGUUGUAAUCCAGAGAGGUUAGAAAAUGUAUCUAGAUCCUCUAUGAGGCUGUGGAGGGAUUCAAGUUGUGGAUUUAAAAGAAAAAAUGAAUCAUCAGCGUACAAUGACAGCUUUGUUUUUAAGCCCUGGAUUUCUAAUCCCUUGAUAUUAUUGUUGGAUCGGAUUUUAAUAGCUAACAUUUCUAUGGCCAUAAUAAAUAGAUAUGCCGAUAGUGGACAACCUUGUUUCACUCCUCUUGACAGUUUAAAACUUUCGGAGAAAUAGCCAUUAUUUACUAUUUUACACCUAGGGUUACUAUACAUGAUUUUAACCCAUUUUAUAGGAGAUCCUCCAAAAUUGAAAUGUUCCAGGAAUUUAUAUAUAAACUCCAGUCGUACUUUAUCAAAUGCCUUUUCAAUGUCUGCUAUGAAUAGUAGGCCUGGCUUCCCAGAUUUUUCAUAGUGUUCUAUUGUUUCCAGUACUUGCCUUAUAUUAUCUCCAAUGUAUCGUCCAUGUAAAAAACCUGUCUGAUUAGAAUGAAUAAUGUCCGACAAUAUCUUUUUAAUUCUAUGCGCUAUACAUUUUGCUAGAAUUUUUGCAUCACAACACUGAAGUGUAAGGGGCGGCAGGUAGCUUAGUGGUUAAGAGCGUUGUGCAAGUAACCGAAAGGUCGCUGGUUCUAAUCCCCGAGCCGACUAGGUGAAAAAUCUGUCCUGUAAGUCGCUCUGGAUAAAGAGCGUCUGCUAAAUGACUAAAAUGUAAAAUGUAAGGGGCCUCCAAUUUUUUUAAAUGGACAGGAUCUUUAUAUUUCCCACUUGUAUCCUGUUUCAGUAAUAAUUCAAUCAGACCACCUUCUUGAGAGUCUGAUAAUCUACCAUUUACAUAGGAGUGGUUAAAACAUGCUAAUAACGGUCCUCUGAGUACAUCAAAAAAUGUUUGGUAUACCUCGACUGGUAUGCCAUCCAACCAAUGGAUUAUGAUCAUUGUAUUUAAUUUCCAUGUUUCUGCAUUGUGAACUAGUUUGAAUAUUUGCUUAAUGAAAACUACAACCCAGCGUCCCACAUAGUUCUUGACUUGAUUUCUCUCAUGAAUGAUUUGAUUUCGAUUUAGAGGAAUGGCAUGUUGGGCUCACAAAAAAAACUAACUAAAUGGAAUUCAAGUAAUUGAACCGACAUGGUCAAUUCGUUGUUUAAUAACCAGAAGAAAACAAAUGUUGGUUAAUUGCUCAGCACUUCUCUACACACUGACAUAGUCGUUUAAUGUCCUUUGAGUCAUAAACAGGAGUUAUCAUUUUUACAAUGAAGAUAACAGCAGUUCAUCAAUACUCUCUCGCUAUUCUUUCAUGAAUGAAUUAAUCAUGAAUGAAUUCAAAUGCAGUGGUGGUGAGAGUUGGGGGUUCAGGGUAGGGGAGAGAGAGUGGGGGGUUCAGGGUAGGGGAGAGAGAGAGAGAGAGAGAGAAAGUUGGGGGUUCAGGGUAGGGGGGAGAGAGAGAGAGAGAGAGAGAGAGAGAGAGAGAGUUGGGGGUUCAGGGUAGGGGAGAGAGAGAGUGGGGGUUCAGGGUAGGGGAGAGAGUGGGGGGGGUUCAGGGUAGGGGAGAGAGAGUGGGGGGUUCAUGGUAGGGGAGAGAGAGAGUGGGGGGUUCAGGGUUCAGGGUAGGGAGAGUUGGGGGUUCAGGGUAGGGGAGAGAGAGAGUUGGGGGUUCAGGGUAGGGGAGAGAGAGAGAGAGAGUUGGGGGUUCAGGAUAGGGGAGAGAGAGUUGGGGGUUCAGGGUGGGGGAGAGGAGAGAGAGAGAGAGAGAGUUGGGGUUUCAGGUUGGGGUAGAGAUAGCUCAAGACUACAACCCCCAGUGUGUAUUAUUCGGAGUGUGUAUUAUUCGGGGUGUGUAUUAUUCGGGGUGUGUAUUAUUCGGGGUGUGUAUUAUUCGGGGGGUGUAUUAUUCGGGGGGUGUAUUAUUCGGGGGGUGUAUUAUUCGGGGUGUGUAUUAUUCGGAGUGUGUAUUAUUCGGGGGGUGUAUUAUUCGGAGGGUGUAUUAUUCGGGGGGUGUAUUAUUCGGAGUGUGUAUUAUUCAGAGUGUGUAUUAUUCAGAGUGUGUAUUAUUCGGGGUGUGUAUUAUUCGGAGUGUGUAUUAUUCAGAGUGUGUAUUAUUCGGAGUGAAACCUGAAAGGACAUUAGUAGUUAAUGUAGCCGUACUGCCAACCCUCAGCAAAGAGUCCUCUGAUCCAUGAUUGCAUGUGUUAAUGUUCUCACGCCGCCGUUGAUUUCCUGCCAGCCCUUUUGUGCAAAGGAUUUAUCCCUCGCUUUCUGACAGAGCUAACACACACACAACACACAACACACUUAGAAUAAUACACACACUCUCAGUAUAACACACACACGCACAUACACACAGCCCAGGCGCUGAAUGUUUGAUUAAAGUUCAAUUGACUCCUCCAGCGGCUGGGUGAGGAACCAUUUCGGUCCCUAUUUGUAGCAGCAAAGCUCUCCCCGACAUGUUCUUUUGUUCCCAUUGAGCCGCCUGCCACCCAGGCAGCCCCAACAGCACUGCUCCUAAUACCCCAUCAUUCAGCCAGCCAUUCUGCCUCCCGCUCUCCCGGCCUCCCAGCCUCCCUGCCUAAUCCUGCAACUGACAGACACACACAACCACAGCAGCGCGGCACAAACACACCCGGCUGCAAGCAAAACCUGGCAUGGAGUCAUGGUCUCAGUGACCUGGAGUCGUGGACUCGGUGACCUGGAGUCAUGGACUCAGUGAGUCAUGGGCUCAGUACAAUCCAAAGCACUGUGGUAUUUUCCUCGUUAUGUGACACAGUGGCUGUUAGAUCAUCUAAUAGCUAACUUGGAUGUUAGUACAUUAGGGAAUGAUUUACCAUGUCUGAAAUGUUUCCACUAGGAUGUUUUUCAGCAACGGUGACAGUUAGUUUAGAGGCCCUCAUUUUGGCCCCAGAGACUAAAUGUUGCUGUUUUAAAGCAAAUUUCCUGCAAUUCUACACAGUUUGCCAUGGAGUGGAGAGGCAGGUUUACCGUUUUAAAACUAGUUUCCUGCAAUUCUACACAUUUUGUCAUGGGGCAGAGAGAACUACAAGAAAUUGGAGAGUCAUUGUGAAUGUUAAUGUGUGGGUGCGCUCUGUUUUCACCUGGUUCCUACACGAGUAAGAUGCACAGUUCAGUGUGCUCGUUCCUUAUCCUCCCUCUCUCCAUGUCCUAUACGGGGGGGAGUUGAUAACCUUCUACUACUGCUAUAUGAGUGUGUGUUCUGUGGUCCUCAUGGUGUGCUUUUCCUCUUUGCCUUGCAGGGUGAGUUGAUAACCUUCUACUACUACUGGAAGAAGACUCCUGAGGCAGCGUCGUCCCGAGCCCACCGUAGACACCGCCGCCAGCCUGUGUUCCGACGCAUCAAGACGCGCACCGCCUCCACCCCCGUCAACAUCCCAUCUAGACCACCCUCCUCAGAGUUCUGUAAGUAGUAUCCUAACCCUAACCCGUACCGCCUCCACCCCCGUCAACAUCCCAUCUAGACCACCCUCCUCAGAGUUCUGUAAGUAGUAUCCUAACCCUAACCCGUACCGCCUCCACCCCCGUCAACAUCCCAUCUAGACCACCCUCUCAGAGUUUGGAAGUGUAUCCUAAACACUUACGUACGCAUGCAGUCAACUCCAUCUAGACCACCCUCCUAGAGUUCUGGUAAUAGGAACAUUAGUUGCCAUAAAAUUAUUAUGAGUCAAAUGCCAGAGCAGGCAACGAAAACAUCACACAGGCAUAAACUGGUAGUUCGGUAGCUCGGGUAAUUUACCACUAUUAAGAAGGCUUGCAUGGAUAACACUAGUAGUAUGCACAGUUGCAAAUAAACACUGUAGUUAGGCAGAGAUUGCAUUGUAACACUAGUAGUAAUGGCAGCAUUGCAUUGAUAACACUAGUAGUAUGGCAGCAUUGCAUUGAUAACACUAGUAGUAUGGCAGCAUUGCAUUGAUAACACUAGUAGUAUGGCAGCAUUGCAUUGAUAACACUAGUAGUAUGGCAGCAUUGCAUUGAUAACACUAGUAGUAUGGCAGCAUUGCAUUGAUAACACUAGUAGUAUGGCAGCAUUGCAUUGAUAACACUAGUAGUAUGGCAAGCAUUGCAUGAUAACACUAGUAGUAUGGCAGCAUUGCAUGAUAACUAGUAGUAUGGCAGGCUAUUGCAUUGAUAACACUAGUAGUAUGGCAGCAUUGCAUUGAUAAACACUAGUAGUAUGGCAGCAUUGCAUUGAUAACACUAGUACGUAUGGCAGCAUUGCAUUGAUAACACUAGUAGUAUGGCAGCCAUUGCAUUGAUAACACUAGUAGUAUGGCAGGCAUUGCAUUGAUAACACUAGUAGUAUGGCAGCAUUGCAUUGGAUAACACUAGUAGUAUGGCAGCAUUGCAUUGAUAACACUAGUAGUAUGGCAGCAUUGCAUUGAUAACACUAGUAGUACGGCAGCAUUGCAUUGAUAACACUAGUAGUACGGCAGCAUUGCAUUGAUACACUAGUAGUAGGGCAGCAUGGCAUUGAUAAACACUAGUAGUAUGGCAGCAUUGCAUUGAUAACACUAGUAGUAAUGGCAGCAUUGCAUUGAUAACACUAGUAGUACGGCAGCAUUGCAUUGAUAACACUAGUAGUAUGGCAGCAUUGCAUUGAUAACACUAGUAGUAUGGCAGCAUUGCAUUGAUAACACUAGUAGUAUGGCAGCAUUGCAUUGAUAACACUAGUAGUACGGCAGCAUUGCAUUGAUAACACUAGUAGUACGGCAGCAUUGCAUUGAUAACACUAGUAGUACGGCAGCAUUGCAUUGAUAACACUAGUAGUAUGGCAUUGCAUUGAUAACACUAGUAUAUGGCAGCAUUGCAUUGAUACACUAGUAGUAGGCAGCAUUGCAUUGAUAACACUAGUAGUAUGGCAGCAUUGCAUUGAUAACACUAGUAGUAUGGCAGCAUUGCAUUGAUAACACUAGUAGUACGGCAGCAUUGCAUUGAUAACACUAGUAGUAGGCAGCAUUGCAUUGAUAACACUAGUAGUACGGCAGCAUUGCAUUGAUAACACUAGUAGUAUGGCAGCAUUGCAUUGAUAACACUAGUAGUAUGGCAGCAUUGCAUUGAUAACACUAGUAGUAUGGCAGCAUUGCAUUGAUAACACUAGUAGUACGGCAGCAUUGCAUUGAUAACACUAGUAGUAUGGCAGCAUUGCAUUGAUAACACUAGUAGUAUGGCAGCAUUGCAUUGAUAACACUAGUAGUAUGGCAGCAUUGCAUUGAUAACACUAGUAGUAUGGCAGCAUUGCAUUGAUAACACUAGUAGUAAUGGCAGCAUUGCAUUGAUAACACUAGUAGUAUGGCAGCAUUGCAUUGAUAACACUAGUAGUACGGCAGCAUUGCAUUGAUAACACAGUAGUAUGGCAGCAUUGCAUUGAUAACACUAGUAGUAUGGCAGCAUUGCAUUGAUAACACUAGUAGUAUGGCAGCAUUGCAUUGAUAACACUAGUAGUAUGGCAGCAUUGCAUUGAUAACACUAGUAGUAUGGCAGCAUUGCAUUGAUAACACUAGUAGUAGGCAGCAUUGCAUUGAUAACACUAGUAGUAGGCAGCAUUGCAUUGAUACACUAGUAGUUAGGGCAGCAUUGCAUUGAUAACACUAGUAGUAUGGCAGCAUUGCAUUGAUAACACGAGUAGUAUGGCAGCAUUGCAUUGAUAACACUAGUAGUAUGGCAGCAUUGCAUUGAUAACACUAGUAGUAUGGCAGCAUUGCAUUGAUAACACUAGUAGUAUGGCAGCAUUGCAUUGAUAACACUAGUAGUAUGGCAGCAUUGCAUUAUAACACUAGUAGUACGGCAGCAUUGCAUUGAUAACACUAGUAGUACGGCAGCAUUGCAUUGAUAACACUAGUAGACGGCAGCAUUGCAUUGAUAACACGAGUAGUAUGGCAGCAUUGCAUUGAUUAACACUAGUGUAUGGCAGCAUUGCAUUGAUAACACUAGUAGUAUGGCAGCCAUCAGGCACUUUGAUAACACUAGUAGUAUGGCAGCAUUGCAUUGAUAACACUAGUAGUAUGGCAGCAUUGCAUUGAUAACACUAGUAGUAUGGCAGCAUUGCAUUGAUAACACUAGUGAGAGGUUUAGAACAGUACUAUUGGUGUUUGAUAACAAUGUGUGUUCUGUUCUCCUCCAGUGGAUCUAAGCUCAGCCAGUGAAGAUGACUUCGACAGUGAAGACAGUGAGCAGGAACUGAAGGGAUACGCCUGCCGACACUGUUUCACCACCAGUAAGAUGAUGCACGCACACACACACACACACACACUCAAACACGCUGAAACACAAGACACGCUCACUUUCUCUCACACACAGAUAUACACACACCGUCAUAUGGACCUGUGAUCCUCAUGAUAUUGUGUGAUCAGUAGGAAUCCCACCUCCUACAGAGAGAGGACUGUGUGUCUGGAGCGUUGGGAGCCUGCCUGAGUACAUCAAAUUACAGCUGACAGCCCAUCUCUCUACCUCAUUAUCACACACACAGCUGGUUAUCUCUGGUCUCCCCUAACUGGCAGAGCCAAGAAGUGAUUUCAGAUGUACACCUGUCUGUCUGAGUGGUAUAUCUCUGAGUACACCCCAGGGGGUUCAGAUGUACACCUGUCUGUCUGAGUGAUUUAAUGACUCGUUUGUUAGUAGAGUAUCUGUCAGUGACUGUGUAAGACCUCUCUCACCAUUGUAAACCACACCACUGUCUCUCUCAGCCUCUAAGGGACUGGCACCACGGUGUCAACAUUAAAACAGGCUUUAUACAUCCAGAUGUAGCCGACUAUACCCCGUCUCUGACUAACAGAAACCGCUAUCUCGAUGACUAAAUAAAUGUCCUGUCUCCGUCUCUCUCUCUCAGCCUCUAAGGACUGGCACCACGGUGUCAACAUUAAAACAGGCUUUAUACAUCCAGAUGUAGCAGACUGUACCCCAUCUCUGACUAACAGAAACCGCUAUCUCAAUGACUAAAUAAAUGUCCUGUCUCCGUCUCUCUCUCUCAGCCUCUAAGGACUGGCACCACGGUGUCAACAUUAAAACAGGCUUUAUACAUCCAGAUGUAGCAGACUGUACCCCAUCUCUGACUAACAGAAAGCACUAUCUCGAUGACUAAAUAAAUGUCCUGUCUCCGUCUCUCUCUCUCAGCCUCUAAGGACUGGCACCACGGUGGCAGAGAGAACAUCUUGUUGUGUACAGACUGUCGUAUCCACUUUAAGAAGUACGGCGAGCUGCCCCCCAUCGAGAAGCCAGUGGACCCGCCCCCGUUCAUGUUCAAACCUGUCAAAGAGGAUGAGGAUGGACUCAGCGGGAAGCAUAGCAUGAAGACCAGACGCAACAGAGGAUCGGUACGGAGUACACACACACACACACACACACACACACACACACACACACACAGUCACACACACACACACACACACACACACACAGUCACACACACACACACACAGUCACACACACACACACAGUCACACACACAGACACCGUCACACACACACACACACAGACACAGUCACACACAGUCACACACACAGACAGUCUCUCUCUCUCUCUGUCUCUAGUUCUCUCUCUCUAUCAGUCUGUCUCUGUCUCUAGUUCUCUUUCUCUCUAUCAGUCUCUCUCUCUUUCUGUCUCUAGUUCUCUCUCUUCUCUCUCGCUGUCUCUAGUUCUCUCUCUGUCUCUCUCUCUUUCUCUCUCGCUGUCUCUAGUUCUCUCUCUGUCUCUCUCUCUCUUUCUCUCUCGCUGUCUCUAGUUCUCUCUGUGUCUCUCUCUUUCUCUCUCGCUGUCUCUAGUUCUCUGUCUCUCUCUCUCUCUCUCUAUUCUCUCUCCUCUCUCUCUCUUCUCUCUCGCUGUCUCUAGUUCCUCUCAGUCUCUGUCUCUCUCUACUCUUUCUCUCUCGCUUGUCUCUAGUUCUCUCUGUGUCUCUCUCUCUUUCUCUCUCGCUGUCUCUAGUUCUCUCUGUCUCUCUCUUUCUCUCUCUCUCUCUUUCUCUCUCGCUGUCUCUAGUUCUCUGUCUCUCUUUCUCUCUCGCUGUCUCUAGUUCUCUGUCUCUCUCUCUCUCUCUCUUUCUCUCUCGCUGUCUCUAGUUCUCUCUGUGUCUCUCUCUCUUUCUCUCUCGCUUGUUCUGUUCUCUCUCUCCUAUCUUCUCUCUCACUUGUCUCUAGUUCUCUCUCUGUCUCUCUCUCUCUCUCGUCUCUAGUUCUCUCUGUCUCUAUCAGUCUCUCUCUCUCUCUCUCUCUCUUUCUGUCUCUAGUUCUCUCUCUUUCUCUCUCGCUGUCUCUAGUUCUCUGUCUCUCUCUCUGUCUCUCUCUCUUUCUCUCUCGCUGUCUCUAGUUCUCUGUCUCUAUCAGUCUCUCUCUCUUUCUGUCUCUUGUUCUCUCUCUUUCUCUCUCUCUAGUUCUCUUUCUGUCUCUAUCAGUCUCUCUCUCUAGUUCUCUUUCUGUCUCUCUCUUUCUCUCUCUCUAGUUCUCUUUCUGUCUCUAUCAGUCUCUCUCUCUAGUUCUCUUUCUGUCUCUAUCAGUCUCUCUCUCACACUUUUAUUCUGCAUGGAGGGACUUAUACUCACAGUACACAUUCAUCAACACACACUAUCAUCCACACGCACAUUCAUCAACACACACUAUCAAGUAAUUUUUGGCCUGUGUUCCCUUGGCCUGUGUUCCCUUGCUCCGUGGUAAUUCUGGUUUUGGCCUGUGUUCCCUUGGCCUGUGUUCCCUUGGCCUGUGUUCCCUUGCUCCGUGGUAAUUCUGGUUUUGGCCUGUGUUCCCUUGCUCCGAGGUAAUUCUGGUUUUGGCCUGUGUUCCCUUGCUCCGUGGUAAUUCUGGUUUUGGCCUGUGUUCCCUUGCUCCGUGGUAAUUCUGGUUUUGGCCUGUGUUCCCUUGCUCCGUGGUAAUUCUGAUUUUGGCCUGUGUUCCCUUGCCCCGUGUGUGUGUAGAUGUCGACGCUCCGUAGUGGCCGUAAGAAGCAGACAGCCAGUCCUGAUGGACGAGCGUCUCCAACCAAUGAGGACCUGCGGUGUAGUGGCCGUACCUCCCCCUCCGCAGCCUCCACAGACAGCACUGACAGCAAGACCGAUCCCAUGAAGAAACCCAGCAAGGUAGAGUACACAUACAGAGACACACCCACAAAGACACACACACACACACACACACAAAGACACACACACACACACAGAGACACACACACACACACACAGAGACACACACACACACACAGAGAGACACACACACAGAGACACACAAAGACACACACACAGAGACACACACACAGAGAGACAGACACACACACACACACACACACACACACAGAGACACACACACACACAGAGACACACACACACAGACAGACACACACACACACACACACACACACACACACACACACACAGAGACACACACACACACACACACAGAGACACACACACACAGAGACACACACACAGACACACACCACACACGAGACACACAAAGACACACACACAGAGACACACACACAGAGACACAAAGACACACACACACACAGAGAGACACACACCACAACACAAACAGAGACACACACACACACACACACACACACACACAGAGACACACACACACACACACAGAGACACACACAGAGACACACACACACAUAGAGACACACGCAGACACAGACACACAGAAAGACACACACACACAGAGAGAGAGAGACACAGACAGACACACACACACAGAGACACAGACAGACACACACAGAGAUACACACACACACUACCGGUCAAAAGUUUGGACACACCUACUCAUUCAACGGUUUUUUUUCUUUAUUUUUACCAAUUUUCUACAUUGUAAAUAAUCGUGCAAGAACAUCAAAAACUAUUUAAUAACACAUAUGGAAUCAUGUAGUAACCAGAAAAGUGUUAAACAAGUGUAGUGUAUAUAAACUCAGCAAAAAAAGAAACUUUUUCAGGACCUUGUCUUUCAAAGAUAAUUCGUAAAAAUCCAAGUAACUUCACAGAUCUUUAUUGUAAAGAUUUCCCAUGCUUGUUCAAUGAACCAUAAACAAUUAAUGAACAUGCACCUGUGGAACGGUCGUUAAGACACUAACAGCUUACAGACGGUAGGCAAUUAAGGUCACUGUUAUGAAAACUUAGGACACUAAAGAGGCCUUUCUACUGACUCUGAAAGAAAGGGUCCCUGCUCAUCUGCGUGAACGUGCCUUAGGCAUGCUGCAAGGAGGCAUGAGGACUGCAGAUGUGGCCAGGGCAAUAAAUUGCAAUGCCCAUACUGUGAGACACCUAAGACAGCGCUACAGGGAGACAGGGCGGACAGCUGAUUGUCCUCGCAGUGGCAGACCUCGUGUAACAACACCUGCACAGGAUCGGUACAUCCGAACAUCACACCUGCGGGACAGGUACAGGAUGGCAACAACAGCUGCCCGAGUUACACCAGGAACGCACAAUCCCUCCAUCAGUGCUCAGACUGUCCGCAAUAGGCUGAGAGAGGCUGGACUGAGGGCUUGUAGGCCUGUUGUAAGGCAGGUCCUCACCAGACAUCACUGGCAACAACGUCACCUAUGGGCACAAACCCACCGUCGCUGGACCAGACAGGACUGGCAGAAAAGUGCUCUUCACUGACGAGUCGCGGUUUUGUCUCACCAGGGGUGAUGGUCGGAUUCGCGUUUAUCGUCAAAGGAAUGAGCAUUACACCGAGGCCUGUACUCUGGAGCGGGAUCGAUUUGGUGGUGGAGGGUCCGUCAUGGUCUGGGGCGGUGUGUCACAGCAUCAUCGACUGAGCUUGUUGUCAAUGCAGGCAAUCUCAACGCUGUGCAUUACAGGGAAGACAUCCUCCUCCCUCAUGUGGUACUCUUCCUGCAGGCUCAUCCUGACAUGACCCUCCAGCAUGACAAUGCCACCAGCCAUACUGCUCGUUCUGUGCGUGAUUUCCUGCAAGACAGGAAUGUUAGUGUUCUGCCAUGGCCAGCGAAGAGCCCGGAUCUCAAUCCCAUUGAGCACCUCUGGGACCUGUUGGAUCGGAGGGUGAGGGCUAGGGCAAUUCCCCCCAGAAAUGUCCUGGAACUUGCAGGUGCCUUGGUGGAAGAGUGGGGUAACAUCUCACAGCAAGAACUGGCACAUCUGGUGCAGUCCAUGUGGAAGGGGAUGCACUGUAGUACUUAAUGCAGCUGGUGGCCACACCAGAUACUGACUGUUACUUUUGAUUUUGACCACCCCUUUGUUCAGGGACACAUUAUUCCAUUUCUGUUAGUCACAUAUCUGUGGAACUUGUUCAAUUUAUGUCUCAGUUGUUGAAUCUUGUUAUGUUCAUACAAAUAUUUACACAUGUUAAGUUUGCUGAAAAUAAACGCAGUUGACAGUGAGAGGACGUUUCUUUUUUUGCUGAGUUUACAUACAUACACAUGUAUAGACUCACAAUCUCACAAACAGGCUUGCUCAUGAGUGUUUAGGUCCUUAGCACUCUGUAUCAUUCAGAUUCUUUACCAGGUGAAUAUGUAUGAAAGCCUGAUUGGAAAUUACAGUAAUGAUAUGAUGGAUGGAUUGAUUGAUUGAUUGAUUGUCAUCAGAAGAUUAAGGAGGAGUCUCCUAUGAAGAGUGCCAAACGCCAGAGAGAGAAGGGAGGAGCCUCAGACACAGAAGACGCAGACAACAGGACAAGCGUCAAAAAGUCCAAGACGCAGGUGACAUCACUAGUACAUCUCAUACCAGUGUUUGUUGGGUAGCUGUGCGGGUUGAGGAAUAGUGUCUAAUGUCUGGGUUUGGGCUGUGUUGUGGAAACGACGAAGAGGCCAGAGCCUUUAUGCACAAAGCCUCUCGGAGUAGGAGUGCUGAUCUAGGACCAGGUUUCGCCUUUUAGAUCAAAAUGAAUAAGACAGGAGAGACCUGAUCCUGGAUCAACACUCCUACUCUGAGACGCUUUAGAUACGGGCCCUAUAUGUUAUUACAGUGCUAAUACCAAGCCUUUUAGUUCUCGUCAUUUGAUAUUUAUUCGCCCCAAGUGUAAGGAGAUGUGUUCAUGAUAACAACCAUUGUGGGGUAUGGAAUUCACGCCUCUCUUCCCUGUUCCGCAGGAGCUGGGUCGGUCCGACUCGCCGUCGGAGGGCGAGGGCGAGAGCUCCGACGGGCGUAGCGUCAACGAGGAGUGUAGCAGUGAUGCUAAAGACAUUGACCAGGACAACCGCAGCUCCUCGCCUUCCAUCCCCAGCCCCCGAGACGGGGAGAGCGACUCGGACUCCUCCGCCCAGCAACAGCUGCUCCUACUGCAGAGACAAGAGAGGGAGAGGGAGAGGGUGAGAGAGGGACAGGGGCAGUCACAGCACCCUCCGGUUAUCCAGCCAUGUCAGCCAGGGACCUCCGGUGGUCGCUCCACCACCCCUCCAUUACAACCCACGUCCUCCUCAGCUCCCUCACUGGUCCCCCCCUCCUCCGCACCCCCCACUUCUCUUCCACUGCCUCUACCGCCUCCUAUGCCCCAACAGGCCGGCCCCCUCUCUCUCAUCCAAUCAGGGGCGUCCCUCCUCCCCCAGAGGCGGCCCUCCCCCUCGCCUCAUUCUCCACAGCAGGGGAUGUCUCAGGUUCCACCCUUAGGACCGCCAGGCUCCACCCAGUUGCUACCGAGCGCGCUCCACGGCCCGCUACCCCACCCAUCAUCCAUGCCCCACCCACUCCAGACUGGCCCCUCCCACCUGCCCCACCCUCACUCCCUGCCCCCUCAAAGCUUCCCAUUGGGCCCCCAGUCUCAGGUCCCGCCCUCCCCGCUGCCUCUCAGCCAAUCGCAGCAGCCGUCUCACAGGGCCCACACCCCCCCCAGCCAAUCAUCGUCAUCCCAGGGUGGCUUGUCCAAUCAGCCGCCCCGCGAGCAGCCCCUACCCCCCGCCCCUUCCAUGUCCAUGCCCCACAUCAAGCCACCUCCCACCACCCCCAUCCCCCACAUGCCCAACCGCGACCCUCAGUCCCACAAACACGGGCCUCCACACCUCUCAGUGCCCCCCUUCCCCCAGAUGCCCUCCAACCUGCCCCCUCCACCUGCCCUCAAGCCCCUCUCCUCCCUGUCCACCCACCACCCUCCCCCUGCCCACCCUCCUCCCCUCCAGCUCAUGCCCCAGGGCCCAGGCCAGCAGCUCCAGCCUCCAUCGGCCCAGCCCCCUGUCCUCACCCAGUCCCAGAAUCUCCCCCCUUCAGAGAGAGAGCGAGGCAGCCAGCACCACCCUACUCCUCCGCCUCCUCUACCCCCCUCCGGACCAUCACCGUCCUCCCACCCCAACACACCCCAACAGCCCCCGUUCCCUCCUCACCCCUUCGCCCCCGUCCUGCCCCUCUCCUCCGCUGGCUGCGCUCCCCCUUCCUCAUCCUCCUCUCUACCUCCAGUCCUCCAGCCUCCUCCCUCUUCCUCCUCCUCCAUCUCCAUGCCCCUCCCAGCCUCUGUCGGCUCCGCCUGCCCAGGUCCCGCCCCUCCCACCUGUACACAUCAAGGAGGAACCUCUCGACGAAUCAGAGGAGCCCGAGAGCCCUCCGCCCCCUCCGCGGAGCCCCUCCCCCGACCUACCAUCUCAACCACGCCCAGCCCAUGUCCACCCAGUCCAGCACGUAUGACCUGAAGCGAGCCACACACACACACUGUCUGAACACACACACACUGUCUGAACACACACACACCACACGUGGAACACACACACCACACCCACACUCGUCGAACCCACCCACACACAUGUCUGAACCACACACACACACAUGUCUAUUGAAUGUGACUACCUAGUGUGUCUUCAGGGCCAGAUCACCAUGAAAGUAAGGUCUUAAUAGAGGAGAGAGAAUCUGUUAAAGGGUAGAGAAUCUGUAAGAGGUAGAGAGAAUCUGUUAAGAGGUAGAGAGAAUCUGUAAGAGGUAGAGAAUCUGUUAAAGAGGUAGAGAGAAUCUGUAAGAGGUAGUGAGAAUCUGUUAAAGAGGUAGAGAGAUCUGUAAGAAAGAAUGUAAGAUAGAGAAUCUGUAAGAGGUAGAGAGAAUCUGUUAAGAGGAGAGAGAAUCUGUUAAGAGGUAGAGAGAAUCUGUUAAGAGGUAGAGAGAAUCUGUUAAGAGGUAGAGAGAAUCUGUAAAGAGGAGAGAGAAUCUGUUAAGAGGGAGAGAGAAUCUGUUAAGAGGUAGAGAGAAUCUGUUAAGAGGUAGAGAGAAUCUGUAAAGAGGGAGAGAGAAUCUGUUAAGAGGUAGAGAGAAUCUUAGAGUUAGAGAGAAUCUGUAAGAGGAGAGAGAUCUGUUAAGAGGUAGAGAGAAUCUGUAAAGAGGUAGAGAGAAUCUGUAAAGAGGUAGAGAGAAUCUGUUAAGAGGUAGAGAGAAUCUGUUAAGAGGUAGAGAGAAUCUGUUAAGAGGUAGAGAGAAUCUGUUAAGAGGUAGAGAGAAUCUGUAAAGAGGUAGAGAGAAUCUGUUAAAGAGGUAGAGAGAAUCUGUUAAGAGGUAGAGAGAAUCUGUUAAGAGGUAGAGAGAAUCUGUUAAGAGAGAGUUAAGAGAGGAAUCUGUUAAGAGGGAGAGAGAGGAAGAAUCUGUUAAGAGGUAGAGAGAAUCUGUUAAGAGGUAGAGAGAAUCUGUUAAGAGGUAGAGAGAGAAUCUGUAAGAGGUAGGAGAGAGAGAAAUCUGUUAAGAGGUAGAGAGAAUCUGUUAAGAGGUAGAGAGAAUCUGUUAAGAGGUAGAGAGAAUCUGUUAAGAGAGUUAGAGAGAAUCUGUUAAAGAGGGAUGAGAGAGAAUCUGUUAAAGAGGUAAGGUAGAGGGAAAAUCUGUUAAGAAGGUAGAGAGAGAAUCUGUUAAGAGGUAGAGAGAAUCUGUUAAGAGGUAGAGAGUUAGGUAGAGAAUCUGUUAAAGAGGUAGAGAGAGAAAUCUGUUAAAGAGGUAGAGAGAAUCUGUUAAGAGGUAGAGAGAAUCUGUAAGAGGUAGAGAGAAUUGUUAAGAGGUAGAGAAUCUGUUAAGAGGUAGAGAGAAUUGUUAAUAGAGGUAGAGAGAAUCUGUAAGGGGUAGAGAGAAUGUUAGUAGAGAGAAUCUGUUAGAGAAUCUGUUAAGAGGUAGAGAGAAUCUGUUAGAGGUAGAAGAGAGAAUCUGUUUAGAGGUAGAGAGAAUUGUUAAGAGGUAGAGAGAAUCUGUUAAGAGGUAGGAGAGAAUCGUAAAGAGGGUAGAGAGAAUCUGUAAGAGGGAGAGAGAAUCUGUUAAGAUGGGUAGAGAGAAUCUGUUAAGAGGUAGAGAGAAUCUGUUAAGAGGUAGAGAGAAUCUGUUAAGAGUGGUAGAGAGAUCUGUUAGAGGUGAGAUAAUCUGUUAAGAGGGUAGAGAGAAUCUGUUAAGAGGUAGAGAGAAUUGUUAAGAGGUAGAGAGAAUCUGUAAGAGGUAGAGAGAGAAUCUGUUACGAGGUAGAGAGAAUCUGUAAAGAGGUAGAGAGAAUCUCAUGAGCACAGAGAUAUGGAGUGGUCAGACUAGAGAUACUGUUGAAUAAUCAGCUAACUUGCCAAAGGCUAUUUAUUCUCAUCAGAUAUUCAAUUACAUCCAUUUUCUGUUGAAUUUGGUCUAAAGACACAGUCUCUUCGUGGCUAGCCAUUUAGAUGUAUUCAUCACAUUUUCUAUGCUAAUGUUUUUUUGUGAUUUACAAAUGUUAAGAAAAUGGGUGUUCAUGAAGAAUGCUAUUGACUCAUGAAUACAAGUCGUAUGAGCCUUAUGAGAAUUGUAGAUGUUAGCAAGCUGUGAAUCCUGGAAUAUUUUAUGUGUAUUUCCAUGAAGUGUUGUUAGCUAAACGUUACUUCCUUACUAUAUAUUAAUGUGUAUUUCCAUGUUAUUUUCUAUUUGUGUGUCUAGGUUCUACAAGCACCUGGACCGGGGCUACAACACGUGUGCUAGAACAGACUUCUACUUCACGCCUCUGGCUGCGUCUAAACUGGCCAAGAAGAGGGCGGAAGCACUGGAGCGGGCCAAGAGGGAGGCAGAACAGAAAGCCCGGGAGGAGAAGGAGAGGGAGAAGGAACGGGAGAGGGAACGGGAAAGAGAGAAGGAACAGGAGAGAGCGGCGGUGAGUGUUCGGUCUAGUUUGUCUCUUGCUUAACUUCACACUGCGAAAAGAAAACACAUUCUGUUCUAAAACAUCCUACAUGUUUCUCAUUCCCACUGGAGUAUUUCUUUAACCUUUCCCUUACAACCUGUUAUAACCUCCUUAUAACCUGUUACAACCUAUUAUAACCUCCUUAUAAACUGUUCCACGCUUACAACCUAUUGUAACCUCCUUACAACCUGUUACAACCACCUUACAACCUAUUAUAACCUCCUUAUAACAUGUUCCAAGCUUACAACCUAUUAUAACCUCCUUAUAACCUGUUACAACCUAUUAUAACCUUAUGACCUGUUAUAACAUAAUCUGUUACAACCUAUUAUAAUCUUUUUAUAAUAUGUUACAACCUAUUAUAACCGUAUGACCUGUUUCAACCUAUUAUAACCGCUGUAUAACCUGUUACAACCACCUUACAACCUAUUAUAACCUCCUCAUAACUUGUUACAACCUAUUAUAACUUCCUUAACCUGUUACAACCACCUUACAACCUAUACCCUUCUUACAUGUUAUGCCCUCUUUAUAACAUGUUAUAACCUCCCUGUGUGUGUGUGUGACGUUUCCACAUAUCUAUUUGUUACAGAAAGCCUCCAGUUCGUGUCACGACGGCCGUAUGGGCGACUCCCAGAUGGUUGGCUCCGCCCACAUGCGUCCUCCCUUCGACGGCCCCCCCACCUCCAUCGCCGCGGUGCCCCCUUACAUCGGCCCCGACACGCCCGCCCUGCGCACCCUCAGCGAGUAUGCCCGCCCUCACGUCAUGUCCCCAACCAAUAGGAACCACCCCUUCUUCGUCUCCCUCAACCCCAACGACCCCCUGAUGGCCUAUCACAUGCCUGGCCUCUACAACGCCGACCCGGGCAUGCGGGAGCGCGAGCUGCGGGAGCGGGAGAUGAGAGAGAGAGAGAUGAGGGAGAGGGAGCUGAGAGAGAGGAUGAAGCCUGGGUUCGAACACAAACCCCCGGAGUUAGAAGGCAUGCACCCCUCGGCUAACCCCAUGGAGCACUUCGCCCGGCAUGGCGCCAUCUCCUUACCCCCCAUGGCGGGACCACACCCCUUCGCCUCCUUCCACCACGGCCUCAACCCCCUGGAGAGGGAGCGUUUGGCGCUGGCUGCGGGACCCCAGCUCAGACCGGACAUGAGCUACCCGGAGCGGCUGGCGGCGGAGAGGCUGCAUGCUGAGAGGAUGGCGGCGGUGGCUAACGACCCUAUCGCCAGGCUUCAGAUGUUCAACAUCACGCCUCAUCAUCACCAGCACUCCCACAUCCACUCACACCUACACCUGCACCAGCAGGACUCGCUGCACCAAGGUGACACGCCUGGCCAUACAUAAACAUUAUUACUAGAUUAAGAUCAAGUUCAAGUUUAUUUGCCACUUCUAGUGAAGCAUUUAUAUCAAUAUAAUACUGAUUAAAACAAUACUGUAAGCAAAUAUGGCAAUAUAUACAGUGCAUUCGGAAAGUAUUCAGACCCCUUGACUUCCCACAUUUUGUUACGUUACAGCCUUAUACUAAAAUGGAUUCCAAAAAAAAUUCCUCAUAAAUCUUCACACUAUACCCCAUAAUGACAAAGCAAAAACAGGUUUUUAGAAUUUUUUUUUACAAAUGUUUUCAAAAUACAAAACUGAAAUAUCACAUUUACAUAAGUAUUCAGACCCUUUCCUCAGUACUUUGUUGAAGCACCUUUGGCAGCGAUUACAGUCUUGAGUCUUCUUGGGUAUGACGCUACAAGCAUGGCGCACCUGUAUUUGGGGAGUUUCUCCCAUUCUUCUCUGCAGAUCCUCUCAAGCUCUGUCAGGUUGGAUGGGGAGCGUCGCUGCACAGCUAUUUUCAGGUCUCUCCAGAGAUGUUCGAUCGGGUUCAAGUCCGGUCUCUGGCUGGGCCACUCAAGGACAUUCAGAGACUCGUCCCGAAGCAACUCCUGCGUUGUCUUGGCUGUGUGCAUAGGGUCGUGGUCCUGUUGGAAAGUGAACCUUCGCCCCAGUCUGAGGUCCUGAGUGCUCUGGAUCCUGACUAGUCUUCCAGUCCCUGCCGCUGUAAAACAUCCCCACAGCAUGAUGCUGCCACCACAAUGCUUCACCUUAGGGAUGGUGCCAGGUUUCCUCCAGACGUGAUGCUUGGAAUUCAGGCCAAAGAGUUCAAUCUUGGUUUCAUCAGACCAGAGAAUCUUGUUUCUCCUGGUCUGAGAGUCCUUUAGGUGCCUUUUGGCAAACUCCAAGCGGGCUCUCAUGUGCUUUUUACUGAGGAGUGGCUUCUGUCUGGCCACUCUACCAUAAAGGCCUGAUUGGUGGAGUGCUGCAGAGAUGAUUGUCCUUCUGGAAGGUUCUCCCAUCUCCACAGAGGAACUCUGGAGCUCUGUCAGAGUGACCAUCGGGUUCUUGGUCACCUCCCUGACCAAGGCCCUUCUCCCCCGAUUGCUCAGUUUGGCCGGGUGGCCAACUCUAGGAAGAGUCUUGGUGGUUCCAAACUUCUUCCAUUGAAGAAUGAUGGAGGCCACUGUGUUCUUGGGGACCUUCAAUGCUGUAGAAACGUUUUGGUACCCUUCCCCAGAUCUGUGCCUCGACACAAUCCUGUCUCGGAGCUCUACGGACAAUUCCUUCGACCUCAUGGCUUGGUUUUUGCUCUGACAUGCACUGUCAACUGUGGGACCUGUGUGUGCCUUUCCAAAUAAUGUCCAAUCAAUUGAAUUGACCACAGGUGGACUCCAAUCAAGUUGUAGAAACAUCUCAAGGAUGAUCAAUGGAAACAGGAUGCACCUGAGCUCAAUUUUGAGUCUCAUAACAAAGGGUCUGAAACAUUUCUAAAAACCUGUUUUCGCUUUGUCAUUAUGGGGUAUUGUGUGUAGAUUGAUGAGUAAAUGUUUUUAUUUAAUCCAUUUUAGAAUAAGGCUGUAACGUAACAAAAUGUGGAAAAAGUCAAGGGGUCUGAAUACUUUCCGAAUGCAAUGUACAUAUUACAAUAUAAUAUUAUUGCAUGUACAGUAUGUCACAUAUUGGGUGUUAGGUUACUACUAUCUGGGUGAUAGUGUAACCGGUGUGAUGGCUAGCUAGUUAGCGGUGCGCGCUAGUAGCGUUUCAAUCGAUGACGUCACUCGCUCUGAGACCUUGAAGUAGUUGUUUCCCUUGCUCUGCAAGGGCCGCGGCUUUUGUGGAGUGACGGGUAACGGUGUUUCGAGGGUGACUGUUGUCGAUGUGUGCGAAGGGUCCCUGGUUCAAGCCCUGGUCGGGGCGAGGAGAGGGACGGAAGCAACACUGUUACAUUGAUGCUGUUGACCCGGUGUUACUGCUAUCUGGGUGUUACUGCUAUCUGGGUGUUACUGCUAUCUGGGUGUUACUGCUAUCUGGGUGGUAGGUUACUGCUAUCUGGGUGGUAGGUUACUACUAUCUGGGUGUUAGGGUUACUACUAUCUGGGGUGUUAGGUACUGCUAUCUGGGUGUUACUGUAUCUGGGUGUUAGGUUACUAUAUCUGGGUUGUUAGGUUACUGCUAUCUGGGGUUUUACUACUAUCUGGGUGUUAGGUUACUACUAUCUGGGUGUUAGGUUACUGCUAUCUGGGUGUUACUACUAUCUGGGUGUUAGGUUACUACUAUCUGGGUGUUGGUUACUGCUAUCUGGGUGUUAGGUUACUGCUAUCUGGGUGUUAGGUUACUGCUAUCUGGGUGUUAGGUUACUACUAUCUGGGUGUUAGGUUACUGCUAUCUGGGUGUUAGGUUACUGCUAUCUGGGUGUUAGGUUACUACUAUCUGGGUGUUAGGUUACUACUAUCUGGGUGUUAGGUUACUGCUAUCUGGGUGUUAACUGCUAUCUGGGUGUUUAGUGUUACUACUAUCUGGGUGUUAGGUUACUACUAUCUGGUGUUAGGUUACUACUAUCUGGGUGUUAGGUUACUACUAUCUGGGUGUUAGGUUACUGCUAUCUGGGUGUUACUACUAUCUGGGUGUUAGGUUACUACUAUCUGGGUGUUAGGUUACUGCUAUCUGGGUGUUAGGUUACUGCUAUCUGGGUGUUAGGUUACUGCUAUCUGGGUGUUACUGCUAUCUGGGUGUUACUGCUAUCUGGGUGUUACUGCUAUCUGGGUGUUACUGCUAUCUGGGUGUUAGGUUACUACUAUCUGGGUGUUAGGUUACUACUAUCUGGGUGUUAGGUUACUACUAUCUGGGUGUUAGGUUACUAGCUAUCUGGGUGUUAGGUUACUGCUAUCUGGGUGUUAGGUUACUGCUAUCUGGGUGUUAGGUUACUACUAUCUGGGUGUUAGGUUACUACUAUAUGGUGUUAGGUUACUGCUAUCUGGGUGUUAGGUUACUUGCUAUAUGGGUGUUAGGUUACUACUAUCUGGGUUUGUUCCUGCUAUCGUUGUGUUACGGUUACUGCUAUCUGGGUUGUUAAGGUUACUUACAUCUGGGUGUUGUUACUCGCUAUCUGGGUGUUAGGUUACUACUAUCUGGGUUGUUGGUUACUACUAUCUGGGUGUUAGGUUAACUUGCUAUCUGGGUUGUGUUACUACUAUCGGUGGGUGUUAGGUUACUGCUAUCUGGGUGUUUACUACUAUCUGGGUGUUAGGUUACUGCUAUUCUGGGUGUUACUUUACUUAUCUGGGGUGUUAGGUUUACUGCUUAUCUGGGUGUUACUGCUCUCUGGGUGUUAGGUUACUACUAUCUGGGUGUUAGGGUUACUGCUAUUGGGUGUUAGGGUUACUGCUAUCUGGGUGUUAGGUUACUACUAUCUGGGUGUUAGGUUACUACUAUCUGGGUGUUAGGUUACUGCUAUCUGGGUGUUAUUACUAUCUGGGUGUUAGGUUACUACUAUCUGGGUGUUAGGUUACUACUAUCUGGGUGUUAGGUUACUACUAUCUGGGUGUUAGGUUACUACUAUCUGGGUGUUAGGUUACUACUAUCUGGGUGUUAGGUUACUGCUAUCUGGGUGUUAGGUUACUGCUAUCUGGGUGUUAGGUUACUGCUAUCUGGGUGUUAGGUUACUGCUAUCUGGGUGUUAGGUUACUGCUAUCUGGGUGUUACUGCUAUCUGGGUGUUAGGUUACUACUAUCUGGGUGUUAGGUUACUGCUAUCUGGGUGUUACUACUAUCUGGGUGUUAGGUUACUGCUAUCUGGGUGUUACUGCUAUCUGGGUGUUAGGUUACUACUAUCUGGGUGUUAGGUUACUACUAUCUGGGUGUUAGGUUACUGCUAUCUGGGUGUUAGGUUACUACUAUCUGGGUGUUAGGUUACUGCUAUCUGGGUGUUACUUGCUAUCUGGGUGUUAGGUUACUGCUAUCUGGGUGUUACUGCUAUCUGGGUGUUAGGUUACUGCUAUCUGGGUGUUAGGUUACUGCUAUCUGGGUGUUAGGUUACUACUGUGGCAUGCAGUGACUGUAUUGUAUUAUGAUGAACUGUAAAUACUGUAUAUCAGUGUACUAGGAUAUAUUAUGAUGUACUGUAUAUCAGUGUAUUAUGAUGUACUGUAUAUCAGUGUAUUAAGAUGUAUCGUGAUGAACUGAGUAACCUGACCAUAUGGCGUUCUGACUCUGUGCAGGUGGUGGUGAAUGUCUUGUGUGUCCUCCCGGUUCGGGGGGGCACCCCCUCGUAGACCCUCUGGCAGGAGGCCCCCACCUCGCCCGCUUCCCCUACCCGCACGGCGCAAUCCCCAACCCCCUCCUGGGUCAGAACCCACACGAACAUGAGAUGCUGCGACACCCUGUCUUCGGUAAAAACACCAACACCUUUCGAUCAACAACACAGAUCUCAAUCUAGAUCAUAUCAAUAUCAGACCUUGGCCUGAUCCUGUUGCGUUCCUCUAUUUGUAGUCAAGCCAAAUGGCCUGAUCCUUGUUGCGCUCCUCUCUCCAGGUACUCCGUACCCCCGGGACCUUCCUCCCCAGAUGUCUGCAGCCCACCAGCUCCAGGCCAUGCAUGCUCAGUCUGCAGAGAUGCAGCGACUAGCUAUGGAGCAGCAGUGGCUACAUGGACACCACCACAUGCACGGGGGCCCGCUGCCUGGACAGGAGGAUUAUUACAGGUCAGAGAUGAGACACACUCACUGAAACACACACACACACACACACUUGAAAACUCACACUGAAACACACACACACACACACUUAACCAUUUACACACACUCUCACACAUUCACAUUUCAACACAUUCAUUACACACACUGACAGAAGAGGAAAAGACUGCCCUAGACAGCAUCAGUCCAGAGAUGGGCUUUAAAAUAAGAACAAUUACAUCAAAUUACAAAACAAAUAUUAAUCAUAACAUAAAAUGGUUCAUCUGUGGUUAUAAAUUCUGUUGCUAAUUUAAAAAGAUUUUCAUUUGUGUGAUUUCUGUAAGAUCAUGCAGACGUUUCAAGUGAUCUCGAGUUCCAGAAAUUGACUCCUUUUACAGAAAAACCUGAUGGCAAGUGAUGUUUUACCUUAAGAAUUAACUCUGCGCUUUGCAUUUUCAGAGUAUGUGACCCUGUAGGGUCUAUAUAUAGACUGAAUGUAGUCACUUUUUAUAUAUAUAGGGUUGGGAGCAAGUCUGUAUUAACAUUUUAAGUUUCGCAUUGGACAAAUAUACAGACAUUUUCCAAAUUUGACAUAUUACGUUUCUUUGCAAUUUUACUGAUGUGGUGAAUUCUAAAAUUGGUAAAUGCACACUUGUACAAGGAUUGCAGCGGCUUUGUUCCAGAUUCUCCAGCUUGCGACCAACUUGUAAUACAACACCACCUGUGAAAAUAUCAUAGUGUGCAUAUAAACGUCGUUAGUGGUGCAGGGGCUUUCUGUUAUAUUUCCAGAUGAUAAGAGUGGGGAUGCUGACGUACGUUUGUUUGUUUGUUUGUUUGUGUUUUAGCCGGCUGAAGAAGGAAAGCGACAAGCAACUGUAACCGACCAAUAGGGACGCAGGAAGUUGCCUAGGACACAGGAAGUACACACGCGGGAACAGGAAGUAGUUACAGAGCAGUCUGUCUGUCAGUCAGAGGAACUUGAUCCUCCGAACAUUUCCCGUUACGAAGAACAACAGAAAUUGAAGAACAUUGAGAGACUUUGUUUGGUGUAACUAUAGCCUUCAAGUAGUGACAACGACCUCGAGACUGAUUUGUGACUUUCCUGCAUGAAAACUACUCUAAAGCGUCCACAACGUGUUUUGUAGGCAGCACACUUUGUCACUGUGCUAGUGGAUGGAAAGGAAAGAGACUAGGAAGUGACGGUCCAGACAUUAUAUCCACGGAAAGAUUUAAAAACAAAGUGCUAUCUUAUUUUAAUACAUUGUUGGAGGUUUUCAUCAUUUGAACGAAAAGCUGCAGCAUGGCAUUUUUGAGUCUGUAAAUAGUAUAUAUAUACAUAUAAUUAUUAUAAUUAUUAUUAUUGUUGUUACUAGACGUGGACUCAAGUCAUUUCUAAACCUCCAAUAUAGUACUGUGUUCUGAAGCAUUAAGCCUUGUUUUAACGGGGUGGGGGGUGAUGUGGGAUACCUCAGAGAGAGCUGUGUAGCCCCAGACUCUCACACACACGACUGUCCCAUCCAUCUCCUUUCAUGAUACACCCCUUGACAAGCACCAUAUUGUCAGACAGAAUGCCUGAACUUACUGGGUUGAGUUAAUGAUUCGAGACUCUUGGAAGAGGAGUGACUGUAUCUCAGAGUCACUGAGUCUUCUAUGGAUCAGCAUAUGCCCCUGUCCUGUCCUCUACAAGACCCCGAUGCAGACACCAUCAAUUGCCCUCAAAGGAAGACUAGAUGGAAUCCCUCGGCGCUUUUAAUUGGUUUUGACACUCUUACUCGACAUCAGUAUUGAUUCAAUAUAAUUAAAGAAACAUUUUAAGUUUAGGUCGAUUUUAAAACCUGUUUCACGUUUUCUUUUACAAUGUUUUAAAUUGUCUUUGACAAAAAAAAAAAUGGUAUCGUUCGUGUCUUUAAACUACACUGAGGUCCCAACAACUGUUCUGUUCUGUUCUGACUGUGGUUGAGUGGAGUUAUACAAGGGUGCUAGAGGAAACUGAAGGUGGUGGUGGUGGUGGUGAUGAAGCUGGUUUCCUCCCUCCUCUACUUGUUCAAGUGUGGCUGCUACAGCAAGGCUUCUCUAGCCUGGUAUGUUUGUGCUGUCUUGACAACUCCUAGGGACCAGGCUAGGGGUUCUCCUCCACCGGCUUCUCCUCCAUGAGGUGAUCCUGGUAUUAUGUGUGCUGUGCUGCCAUAUUCACUGUGACUUAACGAGGCCUAACUAUAUGGGAGGAGGUGGGUGGGUCCAGUGCUGGGACCAGACACUAACUAACAGGCCUAACUAUAUGGGAGGAGGUGGGUGGGUCCAGUGCUGGGACCAGACUCUAGACAGUGGAGCUGUAAUGGUGGUGGUCCUGUUCCCUUCAGGCUCUCGCUGCUCAGCCUUCCCCUCAGCCUGCACAGCUCCUCCUGGCCUCCCCUUCAAGGCCAGGGGUGGUUCGUGUACUGUACGCCAUGCCAUUGACUGUUCUGUUCAGUUCACCUGA